AAGAUGCUUUCUGUCCUCUCAGGUUGGCUGUGGCUGUUGCUAUUAUUGCCUGAGGCUAAGGCACUGAAGAUAACACCCCAUGGCUCAGAGUUCAUCCUCAACCUCUCCAGCACCUUCGUCCUGACUUGCACGGGAGAUGCCCCAGUGGCUUGGGAAAAGAUUCCUCAGCAGACUCCACCACCUGUUCUCGAGGCCCAGGAUGGAACCUUUUCCAGCAUCCUGACCCUCACCAACGUCACUGGCCUUGACACAGGAGAGUACGUCUGUUCCUACAAUGGCUCCCAAGGGCUGGAGUUUGGUGGGCAGAAGCGGGUCUACAUCUUUGUGCCAGACCCCUCUGUGGGCUUUCUCCCUGUGGAUCCCGAAGAGUUGUUCAUCUUCUUCACGGGAGACAGUGAGACAACAAUCCCAUGCCGAGUGACUGACCCAAAGUUAGUGGUGACGCUGCAUGAGAAGAAGGUGGAUGUGUCAUUGCCUGUUCCCUAUGACCACCAGCGUGGCUUCACUGGCCCCUUUGAGGACAAGACCUACAUCUGCAAAACCAUCAUUGAUGAGAGGGAGGUCGACUCUGAAGCCUAUUAUGUCUACCGUAUCCAAGUCUCAUCCAUCAAUGUCUCAGUAAAUGCAGUUCAGAGUGUGGUGAGGAAGGGCGAGAACAUCACUGUGCUCUGCAUCGUGAAGGGUAAUGAGGUGGUGAACUUUGACUGGACCUACCCUCGAAUGGAGAGCAAGAGACUGGUGGAACCAGUGACAGAUUUCCUGUCAGGCUUAGAGUAUGACAUCCGCUCCAUCCUGCAUAUUCCUAGUGCUGAGCUAGGAGAUUCUGGUACCUAUGUCUGCAAUGUCUCAGAGAGCUACAAUGGCCACAGGGAUAUGAAAGGAGUCAACAUCACUGUUGUUGAUAAAGGGUUUGUGAGGUUUCUGGGGGAUCUGGAAGACCUGGAGUUUGCUGAGCUGCACAAGAGUCGAACACUACAGAUGUUCAUCGAAGCAUAUCCUGCACCCACCAUUGUGUGGCUCAAGGACAACCAAACAUUGGGCUCUGGUACUGCCAGUGAGAUCUCUAUCUCCACCAGGAAUCUGUCUGAGACAAGGUACGUGUCAGAGCUGACUCUAGUGAGGGUGAAGGUGAAUGAAGGAGGUCAUUAUACACUUAGAGCCUUCCAUGAUGAUGAUGCUGAUUCAUUCUCAUUCCAGUUGCAGAUCAACGUUCCUGCUAAGGUGAUAGAUCUGAGUGAGAGCCACCCCAGCAGUGGGGAGCAACUCCUCACCUGCCGCAGCCAGGGAAUGCCACAGCCUGUCCUUACCUGGUUCAGUUGCAAUGAUUUUAAGAGGUGUCCCCGUGAUGUUCUGCCUACUCUCCUGGGGAACAGUUCCAAUGAGGAAGCCCAGCUGGAAACCAAUGUGACCUAUUGGGAGCAGGAGAAAUUGUUUGAGGUAGUCAGCAUUCUGAGUUUGCAACGUGUGGACCAGCCCCUCUCCGUCAUCUGCGAAGUACACAACCUCCUGGGGAGAGACAGCAAGGAAGUCACCAUUGUUCCACACUCCCUGCCCUUCAAGGUGGUUGUCAUCUCAGCCAUUCUGGCCUUAGUGGUCCUCACAAUCAUUUCCAUGAUCAUCCUUAUCAUUCUGUGGCAGAAGAAGCCCCGCUAUGAGAUCCGGUGGAAGGUGAUUGAAUCUGUGAGCUCUGAUGGGCAUGAGUACAUCUAUGUGGAUCCCAUGCAGCUGCCCUAUGACUCCAGCUGGGAACUGCCCCGAGAGCGACUUGUGCUCGGCCGGACACUUGGCUCUGGGGCCUUUGGGCAAGUAGUAGAGGCCACGGCACAUGGACUGAGUCACUCCCAGGCCACAAUGAAGGUUGCUGUCAAGAUGUUGAAAUCCACUGCCCGUAGUAGUGAGAAACAGGCCCUUAUGUCCGAAUUGAAGAUCAUGAGCCAUCUUGGACCCCACCUAAACAUUGUUAACCUGCUGGGGGCAUGCACCAAAGGAGGUCCCAUCUACAUCAUCACAGAAUACUGUCGUUAUGGAGACCUCGUGGACUACCUGCAUCGAACCAAACACACAUUUCUGCAGCAUUGUCCUGAGAAAGGAGGGCCCUACCAGUCUUCAGAUGUCCUGGACCAUCCUGAACAUCAGUUGCACAGACAAACAUCACUAUCAGGGGAGAGCGAUGGAGGCUACAUGGACAUGAGGAAGGAUGACUGUGUGGAUUAUGUACCAAUGCUGGGCAUGAAGGGAGAGAUCAUGUAUGUGGAUAUUGAAUCCUCCAACUAUAACUCGCCCUAUGACAGCUACGCACCCUCCGUUCCUGAGAGAUCCUGCAGGACAACCCUGAUCAAUGAGUCCCCUAUCCUCAGCUACAUGGACCUUGUGGGCUUCAGUUACCAGGUGGCCAAUGGCAUGGAAUUCCUGGCUUCCAAGAAUGUACGUAUUGUGGGCUGGGUGCUGAAAGAAACACACAGAGCAGACGUUUAUAUAGGGCUUUCAUAUACAUACUCUAUUAAUCAAUUCAUCUACAGACUUUUAUCAAGUGCCAACCAUGGGCCAGACACAUUAGAGGGCACUGGGUACCACUUCCUCACCUUACUUUUUGUUCUCUUCAUUCCCAAUGGGGAGCAGAAGUACCAGCAGGUAGAUGAAGAAUUUCUGAGGAGCGAUCACCCGGCCAUUCUUCGUACUCGAGCCCAGCUCCCUGUAUUUGGUGGCCCAAGGGGUCCCCUCGACACCAGUUCUGUCCUCUACACAGCUGUGCAGCAGAAUGAGGGGGACAAUGAUUACAUCAUCCCUCUGCCUGACCCUAAGCCUGAAGGACCUGAUGCAGCCCCACUGGAGAGUUCCCACAGCCUUGCCAGCUCUACCCUUAAUGAAGCCAACACAUCAUCCACCAUCUCCUGUGAUAGCCCCCUGGAGCUGCAGGAGGAACUAGACCCAGAACCAGAGGAGCCAGAGCCAGAGCCAAAACCAAAGCCAGAGCCAGAGCCGGAGCCAGAACCUGAGCCCAGGCCAAUCUCGGAUCACCAGGAUCAGGGGCAGCCAGAGAUGGAGGAUAGCUUUCUGUAGCUGGAACUAUCCAGGAGAAGAGCAGGCAACCCCAGCCCUGCCCCUGCUCUAUUGAACCUCCUCUCUAUUUCUUCUUCCCAGAUGAAUGUUGGCCUCCCUCAGGGGCAGAGAGGAGAGAAGAGGUGAUGGCUGGUCCUUUUCCUUAUGGGAUAGAAGACUUCUAGCCCUAAUGUGGCAGGGAUUGGUCUGCCUUGAGCCCCCUGGGCUCUUUCCCAGCCAAGCGUCUUCCCUUGGGAAGAGGAAGGCAAAGUGCUUUUGCAGAGACUCCAGUAAUAACUGUGGCUGACUGUUCUCCUGUCCCUUCCUAUUUCAACCAACCACAGUCUCUGCCUGAGACUUCUCUGGGGAAAUGAGGGGAUUUUUAAUCCUGUUGAGGGAACAGGAGAAGGGCAUCAGUGAACACUAUUCAGCGCUGGAAUAAGGCCAUUAAAAUAUAGAGGAAAGUGUGGGCAGGGUAAGGAGCCCAUCAUCCCUCCAGACCACCUCAGCCUCUGGCUUUCAGACUUACCUAGGAGUAGAGCCACAUGGUGGCAAUGCCUUAACAAGGCUCCUACCAGCUGUGCCUUCUGCCUGAGUCACUGGGUGGCUGAGGACUCUGCCUGCACUGGGACUGCCUGCUUCUUGGGAAGAAGAAAUUUGGGGGGGAGGGAAGAGGAGUGUCCCUCCAGACUUUGGCCCUGGUGGAGUGAGAAGGGUAGAGGAUGUGGGGUCCUAAUAUGAACAUUAUUCUGUGUGCUCACCUGCUCAGCUCCCAAGGAUUAGGUGAUCCCCAGAUUCUCUUAACCUUUCCCAGAGGCUCAGUUGUGUAGGCACCCACAGAAGUCUCUUCUCCCUGGAAGAGAAGAAAGGUACAUUAGAAACAUACUUUGAACUCUUCGCCUCAGUCCUCCUGCCCUCACGCCAGCUGGCCUGGCCGCUGCCUUUGUAUUUUCCCUUUGAUAUCUGACUGAGGGUCUAUAGAAGGGGGCUGUCUUCAUGCUCCUUAGGUUUCUCUUGUUUCCCCUGGUGACCCUAGUUCAUCCCUAUCCAACCCCACCCUACCCCCAUCGCCAUGGGGUGAGCCAAAACAAGACUGAUGGGUGGGUGUUUCAGGAAAGAUCUGAGCUCAAUCCAAGGUAGAAUUUAAUGAUCAGAGCUGUCCAACCAUGUAGCAGGCUACCUCAGGGGGUCCUUAUCUCCAGAUCACUGAGCAUGUUGGGGAUAGACUAGAAGAGCAUCCACUAGGGAUGAUGGAAAGAGGAUCCCUGCAGGGGAUGGACAAUUGGACGAGAUGGUUUCUGAAGUCCCUACGAAAUCUCAGAUAUGAAAGUUUCCUCUAAUGAGCCACUGAACUAAGGGGCUCUUAGAGCCACAUUACUGAGGCUGUUCUCUCUGCCUCACCUAGAACCUGGAAAAAUCUUGGGGUCUGGGGAGUCAAGAUAGGGAAGCCUGCUUAAAAACUACAGAACCCACCUCCAGUGCUUAUCACCUGGCUUACCUUGGGCAAGUCGUUUAGCUUACUUGUGCCUCAGUUUCCUCUACUAUAAAAUGAGAAGGUUGAACUAGAUGGCCUCCGAGAACUGUUCAAGUCUCAAGCUGGAUGAUUCUGGAUAAUCUCCCAUGCACAUGUCCUUGGACAGAGCCAGGGGCUCCCAUCCAUUCAGGUGACCCCCUUGUUCAUAAGCCUCUAGUUCUCCUGACCAUGUGACCGGGUGAUGUCCUUGAUUGUCUCCAUCCAUUCACAGGGAACAGUGGCUACAUUUGGGGCUGAAGUUAGGAAUUAUUGAAUUGUUUUAUGUGGCUUCUUCCUACCAUCCCACGUCUUCCACCAGAGCAGCUUCACAACAGGCUCUGGCUUCCCCAUCUCUCAGGCCACUUGGGCACCCUGAGCUUGGAAAGUCCAAGCACCAGGCAAACAAAAGGUGGGGUGGGGACUUCCCUUCUACCUGAGCCCUCUGAAGACAUUUGACAUAUGGACACAUGCUCUCAUGUUCCCAGGAUGUUUUAAUUUCAUCCAGGCUCACAAGGAGGGAGGUUCCACAUUGACAAGUGAUCAGAUGUUGGGAGAACCUAUGAUUUUGCCUGCUUCCCUGACUCCUGGAGUCUACUCUUUGGCUAUCCUGCUGGUGUCCUCUCGUGGUCAAGGCUUCUUUGGGACUGCAAAGCUCAUGUCUACACUAGAAAAUGUGUUUCAAGACCAUCCAACUGCCCUGUCCUGGACUCUUUCCUCCCCUCCUCCAUUAACCUGCUCCACAGAGGAGGGUUGCAUAUCGGGGCCUGAAGGGAACCUGCUUUGUUCAAUACUUGGCUUUUAAUCUAUGAGCACAGAGAGACAAGAAUCAACAUUCCUUCUCCCUGACCAACCCGAUGUAUACAGAGUGCAGGGGAAAUGCUGGGACAAGUGGGUUAGGGGUUCCCUGGCCCUCUUGGCUAAUGAUGAAGGAAAUGACUGUGAGACAGCCUGGAGGGCCCAGUGCAUGGGGUAGUGACUGUCUGAUGGACUCAUUUGCCCAUUGAAGUUAGAGCUGGGCCCAGCAUCGCCUGGCCUGGAUUUGCUAGCAGAGAGCUUCUACUAUUUCCAACCCCUUCAGCUCACCAGGGCCCCCUCUUUUGACCCAUGCUAAGCCUAGACCAAGAAGAGUUUUAAAGCCAGGAUUUUCUUAGUAAAAAAUGUAUUCCCACAGAGGCAGGGAAGUGGCCCAGCUAAGACAAAACAGUUGUCUUCUGGGUGUGGAUUAGAUAGUGGUCAGGGAGUAAGGACAGUAGAUGAACAGGAUGUAGGUAGCUAACUUGGCUGGAUAUUCCAGCACAUGAACACAUGCACAUAGGAGUCUCCUCUCCUCCCUUUCCCUCCAGGCUCCCCCAAGCCAAAACAGUCUUCUAGAGGAGCUCCUAGAGAUGCCUGGGCAGGGACUAGCCCUGAGCAAACCCAUUCAGAGUUUCUCAGUUCUCUAUACCUGAGCCCUUGGAGGGAUGCCUGACUCUGUUGGCCUGUAUUUAAAGACAGGGAGGGAAUCAUGGGUGGGAGGGAAGGCAAUGGGAGGGCACUAAGGUACCAAAGAUACCACCACCGCUAGCUUAAAGGUGUAUGCUUAAGACUCACAAUAACUCACAUUUAAACAACCGAGAUACUAUUUUUUACACACUCAACUUUACAUAUCUGUAUAUGUUUUUGUUUUUGUUCUUUUUUUUUUUAAAGGAAAGGUUUCAGUAUUAAACAUGGUGCUCUGGACCCUC